AUGUCUUUAAGAAGAUGCUUACAAAAUUUUUUAUUGCGGGCAAAAAUUAAAGAAGAUAACAAGGAGAAACCUGAAAAGGAGAAGGAAAAUGAGUUAUUAUAUGUAGAAUUUCCUGAAUAUUAUGCUUGGGAUUCAACAAGAAAAUCUUGGAGUCCAAGAAAGCAAAGACAGGUGAUAGGCCGUAUAAAUAGGGUUAACCCAAUUGAAGGAGAAAGAUAUUACUUGAGACUUUUGCUUAAUCACAUCAGGUGUCCAACAUCAUUUGAGGAUCUACUUACAGUAAAUGGUAUUCAUUGCAAAUCUUUCAAGCAAUCAGCCCAAAAAUUAGGUCUUUUAGAAUCUGAUGAUAGCAUAAGAGAGCGCUUAGAUGAGGCCAUUGUGUUCCAAAUGCCAGCAGCACUUCGUUGUUUGUUUGCAAUUAUAUUGGUUCAUUGUGAGCCCACAGAUGUUAAUCAUUUGUGGGAUCAAUAUCAUGAAUCACUUUCUGAAGACUUCUCAAGGAAAAAUCACUUGCUACCAGAGCUUCAGUAA